GAAGGGCGGGUGGUCGGCGGGCCCGGGCCGGAGGUGCGGGUUGUGGCCGCCUGUACCCGCGGGGGCUGGUGCGGACUCCACCGUCCGGUCUCCCUGUUCCGCAGAGUGAGCGUGACAGUUCAUCGUGUCAGAGCCGGUCGUGUGGCCUUCGGCGUCGGCCCCCGGGCUCUGGCUUGGGGCUCUUUGGUAACUGAAUGGAUCUUCAGAAGUGGAAUUGCUAAAACUUAAAAAAAAUGGCAUAUCGAAGAGGUGAAAUGUGGUCUGAAGGACGAUAUGACUAUGAAAGGGUUCCAAGAGAACGUCUUCCUCAAAGGAUUCAUCCUGAUGAUGGUUACCAUAGAGUAGUAAAUAUUGUGCCCAAGAAACCACCACUGCUCGAAAGACCUGGAGAUGGGAAUUACAGUCGGUAUGAUGAUUACAGUCACACUGAGUACAGAGACUAUGAAGAGGGUCGCAGUUUUGCCCAUGACCGAAGAAGUGGCCCUCCACACCGAGGUGUACAUAAGGAUGAAUCGGGAUACAGAUGGCCAAGGGAUGAUCAUUCUAUAAGUCGGCAGCCUGAAUACAGGGACAUCAGAGAUGGCUUCAGAAGAAAAAGUUUCUAUCCUUCUCAUUAUGUGAGAGAGCGAUCCCCUCAUAAGAGGGACUCUCCUUUCUUCAGGGAAUCACCAGGGAGCCGAAGGGAUUCUCCUCACAGCAGAUCUGGCUCUAGUGUCAGCAGCAGGAGCUACUCUCCUGAAAGAAGCAAAGCCUAUCCUUUCCACCAGUCCCAGCAUAGCAGAAGUAUGUCAUCUUUACAUAAAAGAAAUAUUUCUUCUCAGCAAGGUAAAGAGAGGACAUCAGUUCAAUCACUGAAAACAUCAAGAGAUGCAUCACCUUCAGGCACCACAACAGUACAGUCAUCAAAGGCCUUGGAUAAGAGCAACAGACUGUCGGAAAAGGAACUUGCAGAAGCAGCAAGCAAGUGGGCAGCUGAAAAGUCAGAGAAGACCAAUGAAAGCAAUUUACCUGAAAUAACAGAGUAUGAUGCUGGAUCUUCAGCUCCAUUAUACAUUGAACAAACAGAAGAAACAGAAACAAAUAUAACGGAUAGUACAGAAUUAUAUGAGGAUGGCCAGCUUCUUGGUCGCUCAAAAGCAAUUGCAACUAAGACAAAGGAGAUUGAACAGGUCUACAGACAAGACUGUGAAACCUUUGGCAUGGUAGUGAAGAUGCUGAUUGAUAAAGAUCCAUCAUUAGAGAAGUCCAUUCAGUUUGCCCUGAGGCAGAAUUUGCAUGAAAUAGGUGAGCGAUGCAUUGAAGAACUCAAACAUUUCAUUGCUCAGUACGAUGCUGCCAAUCAAGAUCUAUCAGAAUCCUUCAAAGAGGGCUCAUACUAAGGACAAAAAUAGGCUUUUAGAUCCUCUACAUUGUGUAUGCCAUAAUACAAAUCUGCUUUUUGUGGGGAAAGAGAUCUUGUUGGACAUUUGAAUCCAAGCCCUGCCCUCCUCCGUAGUAGCUCAGGUGGCUAUAUCUUGUUCACUGUGGUCUCCACAAUUGUAUUCUUCCUUACCUGUACUUGUUGAUGUAUAUUCCUUUGAAAGGAUGUUCUUUUCAAAAAUGUUGUAAAGUGACAAACUAUUUUUGAAACCUUUACACAGUUACCUAGGAAAAAAUGUUCAGUCCGAUGUAUGUGUACUUAUGUUUUGAUGUCUGUAAGUGUGACUUCAAACACUGUAUUUUUAUUAAAAUAACAAGAAGCAGCUCUUCAUUGGUCAACAUGCAGAAAUGUGUCUUGGGUUUUUAUAUACUAUAGGAAGGGAAGACUUGCAAAAUUGUUCACAAACAUGAUUUAAAUUAUUUAUUAUAGUUUAAUUUUAAACUUCAGAUUCAUUCUGUAAACUAAAGAUGCAUUCUGUAAAAUUACACUAAGGGUUAUCUCUAGUCUCUACUGCCAGAGCAAUUUAACUACUUGAUAUAAGUGCUGCAUUUUUGUUCUAGUUGCAGGUUCCACAAAUGCCUUUUAAAUUUUAUUUUCCAUAUCAUGAGUCAUUACUAGUAAGCAGUAUUAUGUAGGAUGAAUUCAAUUUUUUGUUACUAUUUGCUACUAAACGUUUCCUUUGUUAAGUUUUUGAUUACACCUCACAAAGUGUAACUGCAGGCAGCCACUGAACAGGGAAAGUCCCUUAUCCUACUCUCUCCAUCUCCCCCCUUACACUUUCUCACCACUUUUCAUCCAUCAGUUUUAACAAUUAGGUAGCAAGGUGGGGCAAGGAAAGCAGGCAGGACCAUCUCUUUAGUAACUCCAGAUUAUUUUGGGUUAGGUAUAAUGUGAAGCUGAACACUAAGGCCCCAAAUUCAUCAUCAUUUCAAACCUAGGUGAUUCUGGGUAAUGUCUGCCACCACUUUUGACCUGAUAGAGCAACUUGUAGUUGGGGCAUCAUGGUUGAGGAGAGUCAAGAGACUGCCACUGCUACAUGAUUACUGUUCAGAGAUGAAAAAUAUUUAGGACUCAUUGGAUUGUGUACAGCUUUACAUUUAAUAAGGUACUGGGUUUUAUGAAUGUUUUAGGAAAGGGACAAUUUGAGUCAUAAUCACAAAGAGGUAAGUAUAAGCACAAUUGUUUAUAUACAUUUGCAUUUAGAAACGUGAAACUCUGUAAAAGGACUAAUGACCAAAGCUCACCAUUUCUGAAGUGCUCAGUAUUCUGAAAUAAAGUCUUUGAAGUCAGCCCACUUAUCAAGAUAGCUUCUCAGAUUUCAUCAGAAUGGUAUGCAGAAAAAUUAAUGAAAUAGCAGUGAUUUUGCUUGUACAAAGUACUGUAUGCAUCACAGCACUUUACACAUGCAAAUCAUUAUAUGGUAUAUUUAAUGUGUAUUAAAUCAGAUUCCUGAGAUAGCUGAUUAGUUUUAAUGUCAGGAGGGUGUGGUUUUGCAGUUGGCUUUUGUUGGUUUCUAAGAGUUCACAUUGCUCAAAGGAGAUGACCUGCAAUUUACCUUGUUGGCAUCUGGGAUUGUGUGGGCUGCACAGCGAGUGGGAAUCAGUUCACGGAUCCUACAGAAUGCUAAUUUGGGGAGAGCGGGGAAGAGAGGCAACCUGUUGUGGCACAGUAGCUAGACCUGACCCGCCUCUUCUGACAACAACCGAGAUCAGUCAUGAAACCACAGGCAAAGUCUUCUCUGAGGCAAAUGUGUAACUACAGCACUACACUACUUGUCUACAGGACCGAGAGCCUUUGGGGUGUUACAUCAGAGUUUGUGCUUUGGGUUAGAAAUGCUAAUGAAAAAAAAUACUGAAAUCAUGUUUAAUAUAUUUUUUGAUUAAAAAUGUCCAUUAUUACUGUACAGUUUGUUAGGAAUCUCCUUUACUAGAAGCCCGAUUAAAUUUACUAUGAUAAAAGU